UGGGGACGUUGAGGCGGAAACUGAAAGCAGGCGGAACCAAUGUGAUGAGGGCGGCAAAGAGGAGGGAAAUUUAAAAAGUCCGGACUGCCUGGUGGUGACAGCACAACUGAGUCGCUCGAAUAAUCAGUUAGUUAGCUACAUAAAAACCUAGCAGUCGGAGAAUAUUAUUACUUUAUCUAAACAUAUGAUUCGUCUCUAGCGAGUUUCUACCUCAAUGUCACAAAAUGGAGACUUAUUACGAUCAGACUUUAGACUCACCCUCCAAAAACAGUUACAUUGGGAGCUAUUACCAGCCUCCAGACAGGAUGCGACCAAUAGCAAGACAGCUGGAGUUUCCUGCCCUCUCAUCAUUCAACAGGGACCCACAGAUGACCAGCCCUGGGUUGUCUCAGACCAAACCUAAUAUUGACAGCACAGCUGUUCUUGAUGCACUGAAGACCCUCCAGGAGAAAAUCAGGCGGUUGGAGCUGGAAAGGAAGCAAGCGGAGAAAAGCUUUAGUCAGUUCUCCCAUGAUGCUCAGAAACAUCAACAGGUCACAGCAGCUCACACUGUGCCCAGUCAACCAGCAGCCAGCGCGCCUGAGACAGAUAACUCUGGCAGGACAGAGCUUGACUCAAAGCUGCAGUCGGCAGAGUCUCGGUGUAAGGUUCUUGAGAAGCAGCUGGACUACAUGAGGAAGAUGGUUGAAAACGCUAAGAAGGAGAGGAAUACCCUCAUGGAGAAUCAGGCUUCACUGCAGAACCAGGGGCCAAGCAGCUCAAACGCACAAUCUCAGCGGGAGAAGCUGGAGAAACUUGAAUCAGAGUGUCUCAAAUUGAGUCGGACCCAAACUCUGGCAGAGACGAAGCUAGCCAUUCUGGAGCAAAAACUACUGAAAGAAGAGCACGAGCGUAAACUUGUGCAGGAGAAAGCAAACGAGCUGCAGAAAGAGAUGAACAUCAACUUUCGAUUGUCUCUGCCAGCUACUGAAGAAAUAAAGCCAAAGAAGAAAACAAAAAAGACCACCAAGAAAACCUCCAGACAGAAUGAGCUGGCAUCACCAAGCCGCAAAAGAAUGCCCUUCGUUGCAGGAACGUCGACAAGUCCAAGCCAUUCAGUUCACGCCAACAUACAAAGCAUUCUUCACAUGAUGAAGCACCAUCAGCCCCAGCUGUGUGAACGAGUGAGCGCUCUGCACAGGUCUGGUUGUGCAGCCAAGAAAAGCCUCCAAAAGGACUUUGCUCCAUCUUCCACCGACACAGAUCUGUCACUGGGCUCGCUGUCUGACCUGCUCUUGGCUCUGCAGGAUGAGCUAGGACAAAUGAGCUUUGAGCAUCAGGAGUUGGUGCAUCAGAUAGAUGCAAUCAAACAUCGCGAGCAGAGGCAGGAUCUGCAGAGAGAACUGGAGAGGUUGGUCACCAGGAUGGAGGAGAAGGGAGCUCAGAUCACUAAGCUCCGCAAACACCAGCAGACGGUCCAUAAAUUGACCCAACAAUGUGCUGAGGAACACACAGCCACGAAGCUGAGUGGGAUCAAGCCUCCGGUUCCCUCUCCUGUUAAGGCUCAGAAGAAAGGAAAGAAAGGUGGGACCACUCGCAACAACCUGCAGCUUCUUAGAGAGACCCAAAAGUUCAAGAACAGACUUCAACAAGAGGACCUCUCCUGGGAAACAUGAGGCUCUCUGAAAGGCCUGUCUGUGUGCAGGCUUUGAUGCUACAGCUGGUUGAACGACAACACUCCCCUUGGUCGCUUGCGGUCUCUUCAAAAUAGCCUCUGGGACAUUUUUAGUAACGAAUGAAAAGAGGGAAUAAAGUGUUUUUGGGUUUCA